AUUCGGCGACGCCCGACGCACGGCGUCGCGCGGCGGCACUCGAGGUAUGAUGCCAGAUCUCUCCUCUCCUCCCUCCUAGGAAUCGGCCCUAGGGUUUGCUGCCAGCGGAGGAGCCCUAAUCCCGGGCUUGAGAGAAUCUUCCAUCUCUCUCGACAAAUCGACAUGAAGCCCGAUUAGAAUGAUGGGACGGGGUGCCGAGGGUGGUGUUUCCAGCAGCUUGUCUCAUAGGAGCGAUCAAACUGGGCCAAAGUUAUCGCAGGGUCGGGGCAUGGAUAUUUACUCACAGGCAGUCAAAGCUCUAGCGGUGAAGUCACCUUUUGCUGGUGACGAAGCUGGAAAUGCUGGCGGUGCUGGAGCUGGUUUCAGUGGUCCGCUGGUAAAGCUUCCAAACGCCGGUGAUCCAAAGCGGAAGAAUCGAGCUCGGAAGACGCAGGCCGUGAGUAAGAAGCGAGAGUUUGGUGAUCUCGACGAUGGGAAUCCUCGGAUGUUCUGGGUCCAGAUGGAGGAUUACUUUCGAGAGGUGAUUGCCGAGGAUGUGAAGCUGCUCUUCCCUCGGACGAGCUUCGGGGUUAUAGAUUCGUCGGUAGCACAGGACUCUUGCUUCAACGUCCGGCCUCGCGGACGUAGGUACUUGGAUAUAUGGGCCGAGGAGGAUAGGAAGUUUAAGGUCGAGGGGAGCUCCGAGGAGAAUAAGUCGGCUAGAGGUAUCAAGCGCAAGCUUCUUACUGCCAGCCCCGUGAGCAAGAGAAGAAAGGCAACUCUCGUGACUCCGGACACCAUAACGACGGUCAUCUCGCCGGUUGAUAUCGAGGAGGAGGAUCAGUGCCAUGUUUGCAGCAGCGGGGACAGUGACGCAUGGAAUCAGAUUAUUUUCUGCGAGUCGUGCAACGUCGCCGUCCACCAGGAAUGCUAUGGUGUUCAAAGCAUUCCCGACGGCCAGUGGUUGUGCUCGUGGUGUGCCUAUCGUCAGAGAAGUGGUGGUGCUGUGGAAGCUGAUGACCAAGGCUCUUUCAGCUGCGUUCUUUGCCCUUGCAAACGAGGUGCACUGAAGCCAGUAGCUGUGGAGGCCGACUCUUCUUCCAAGCAGACACGCUUUGCGCAUCUCUUUUGCACGCAGUGGGUGCCCGAGACUUUCCUUCAGGACACGGUGGCCAUGGAGCCAGUGAAAAAUGUGGAAGGGGUUAGGGAGGAAAGGUGGCGGCUGGUUUGCAUUGUGUGCAAGGAAAGGCACGGUGCCUGCAUUCAGUGUAGCCACGGUUUGUGUGCAACGGCAUUUCACCCUCUGUGUGCAAGGGAUGCCAAGCUCUUGAUGGAAGUUUCAAGUCGAGAAGAUACCGACGAGGUCGAUUUACGUGCCUAUUGUCCCAAGCACUCGGCGAUUCGAGUUGCAAAGCCAGUAGAGCCAGUAGCCUUGAAGGAAGGGUCUUCAGAUGACAAAAUUGUAAAUGCUGUUGUCACUGGAAAUACAGGAAAAGCUGGACAGAAUAAUCAAGCAGUUGACGCUGUUUUGAAAGGCAAUGCUAGUGUAGAAGCUACCCAAUCGCCAAGUAACGAAAGAAGUCCAUCCAAUCAGCCAGUUCAAGAGGAGCUGAUUGCCAACGUAAAAAAGGUGACACAAACUAUCGGUAUUUCGAUGGAAACCAUUGCCUCCGAAGUUGACGUUCCCCAGUCCACGCUGCUACUGUGGCUAGAGGGGAAGCUACAUGAAGACGAAAGUAAAAUAAACACCAGUAUUUCUGCGUGGCUGUGCACUUAUUCUUCACUUCUAAAGUGCAGUGUAAGUGGGAGUGACAGCGGACAAUCUGUUUCCAAACUGAAGAAAAAUGGCUACAGCGAUGAAUUAAGUCCGAGUCACGGCAACUCCCCUGAAAAUACAGCAACGUUUUCAACUGGUCCUGUGAAAAUAAACUGCCAGCUACUUCAAGUUGAGGAAGACUUUGGUUCGUUCGGCGACGAAGCGGACGACAGACCAUCUGUGGCUGAAAGUUUGCAAGGAGAGGAGAUCCAAAAGCCAAUGAUGACAGUUAUGCAAAACCAGAGUCGGCUCUUUGACAAUGAGAUGUCAAAUGGGAUUUUUGACAGUGAUAGCCCUGGGUUGGAAGCUUCUAGUCCGCAAGAUCAUGAAGACUCAAUCGACGCUGGGGGAACGGAUCAGCAAUUGUACGUAAUUCCUGGGGUCAUGAAAAGGCUGUUACACAUGGAACCGAACUUAUCAAAUUCCCAGACACUAGACUGCUCAUUUUCUGGUCAGGAGGAACUUGAGUGCAGUACCUCGGACAGAAAUAGUCUGGAUGAGCAGUGGCAGCAGUUGCGUAAAGCCAAGCAUCUCGGUGUACUGGAUUGGUGUCCACAGGACGAGGUGGAAGCAGAAAUAUUCCUUCUGCAAAACCAGCUGAUCGAUCGAGCACAAUCAAAUCGUGUCAUGUCAGAGCGAUUGAUUUCUAGAAUACUGUGCCAGCUAUCCAAGGAGCGGCAAGCUGCGAGAAAACAACUGCAAGAUCUGCUUUUUGUCAGUCAGUUUCUAGCUGAUGUCAAGGAAGCUCGAAAACAAGGCAGGAAAGAGAAAAAAGAUAGAGAAGCUCAGGCCGUAUUGGCUGCUGCUACUGCUGCUGCUGCUGCAUCGCCGAGGACAGGAUAUGUGAAACGGGAUCUCGCGACGCACGAUGACCCGUACUAUCCUACUCAAGACGCGACGGCAGAGUAUAAGCUCAACCAUGGCAACCCGCAUUCUCCCUAUGUGCGUCCGUUCAAGCCGCCUGUACCGAAACCACCGAGGCUCAACGUUUCGUCGUCCUUUAGAGUGCAACCCGCUUUCUACAGGCAUGAAGACCAGUACGCGUGCGACGUGUGCAGUAGCAACGAAUCUCUACGGCUGAAUAGGAUCGUCCACUGCCACCGGUGCAACGUUGCAGUCCAUCAAGAUUGCUAUGGUAUUCACCCUUUCCCUACAGCUCCUUGGUAUUGUCAGCCUUGUACCGAGCUCCAGUACCAGCCAGUGAAGCUAAUGGAAGAUGGCGAUCGGAUAGCACCGGGUGUUCAAUGCGCUCUAUGUCCUAUUGCGUAUGGUGCAUUCAAGAAAUCAUCGGAUGGACGUUGGGUGCAUGUUUUUUGCGCUCUGUGGGUGCCGAAGACAACUUUCGGACGAGAGCAAUCGUGUCCAAUUGGAGGACUGGAGGCCGUCCCGAGUGAGCGGCUUAACUUAACGUGCACCAUCUGCCAGCAACAACAAGGAGCAUGUAUCAAGUGCAACUUCGGUCACUGCUCCGGUGCUUUCCAUCCUAUGUGUGCACGAGACUCUGGGCUUUAUAUCAGCGCGAGAAAUAUCAAUGGCAGAGCUCAUUACCGAGCAUUUUGUGAGCGUCACAGUCCUCAACAGAGAGCAAAGUCAGCUGAUUUCGUCUCUCAGGCGGAGCUGAAGCAGUAUGGUUCUCCGGACGAGAUAAAUGCACUGCGGCAGAUUCGGGUUGAGUUUGAGCGGGUUCGGCUUAUUUGCGAGCGCAUCUGCAAGAGAGAGCGGAUCAAGCGGGAGCUGACACAUUGUAUUAAAGAUUUGUACAUUAAUCAGCUUGUAGCUGUCGUGGGAGGACACUCGGUGGAUCAAGCUGUGAAUCAUCAAAAACCAGGUGAAGGAAACGGGCCACUGUACAGCGAUAGCCUUUUGGACGUGCCUUGGACUGCCGAGUCGAGGCUGACGGAACCUAUCUGGCCGGCCGGAAGAAAUAACAACACCAAAGAGUUGACAUGGUCGACGACGAAAGCAGACGCAAACACCGGAAUCCGGGAUCAAAAGAAGCUCAGAAGAUUCAACCGGCACUCGGAGCCUUUGGGUCGAGAGAAGAUAAUGACCCCCACUGAGGCCUCGAUGCACAACAGGCUUUUGCCGAAAGGAUUCGCUUACGUUCCCGUGGAUGUGCUCGAGAAAGGGGUGAUGAAGCGGCAACAGGAACAAGCUGCAGUGCAACCGCAGCAGCAGGAAAGCGAUCAACAGCAGCAAAAUCAUCAACACCAAGAUCAUGAUCAAGACGAGCAUAAAUUGGAAGGAAGAAAGAGUGAGAGUUGAGAGAGCGGAUGACUAAUUUUCCAAGGCUUAGUUUAUCUGCUCUAGUGAGGAAAGGGACCAAGUUUGUGUACAUUCGUUCUCCCCAAAGAGAAAGGCCAAAAAAAAAAAAAAGAAAGAACUUGUAAGAUGGUC